AUGGCUGAUUCCAGCGAGUCCCGGCCGGUCGCGCGGGCCACCAAGCCCGUCAGUGAAGCUCUGCUCAACGAGAAGUGGGACCGUGCCAUUUCCUCCAUGAUCAUCAAGUCUUCCCUCGGCCUUUCUUUCGGUGUUGUCUUCUCAGUGCUCCUCUUCAAGCGUAGAGCUUGGCCCGCUUGGGUUGGUCUUGGUUUCGGUGCUGGUCGUGCCUGGGAGGAGGCUGACUCUUCCUUCCGUCGCGGUGAUUCCCCCAUCACUCAGGCUCUGCGCCGAUAA